CGACCGUCAGUCAUCAAACCAUCAGCACCCUCCAUUCCUGUGCUAGCUAGCCACACAGCACACACACACAGAGCAGAGCAGCAGCAGCAGCAAUGGCCGCCUGGAGAAGGGAGGAGACGGCCGAAGCAUACUACCUCGCCGCCGACGGAGGAAAGAAGGUGCCCAAGGGGUACCUCCCGCUGGCGCUGGUGGGCGAGGAUGGGGACGGCGACGAGCGCGUGGUGGUGCGCAUCGGGGCGCUCAAGGAGCCGUGCAUGGCGGCGCUGCUGGAGAUGGCCGCGCAGCAGUUCGGCUACGGCCAGCCCGGCGUCCUCAGGAUCCCCUGCGACGCACAGCAGUUCCAACGGAUGGUCAGCGCCAUGUGCAGCAAGUGCAAAGCCACGUAGGAUAGGUAUUAGCUAGGUGAUGGAUUGUACUCCUUACUGAACAUCAUAGCAAACAAGCCGAGAGAACCGAUGCAGCCAUAGGUUGGAAGAGGGACGCAUAUUUCCUAGAUUUAUUUAGGUGGAGAAGGAACAACUCGUAUUGUGGAUAGUGAAUUGUUAGUCAUAUAAAACUGCUGGACACCCGAUUUG